AUGCGAUUGGUUAUUCUUGGUCACAUGGUACACCUUCUCUGCCCAAACUCGGGGUUACUGCUUCUCUCCAUGGUCUACUUCGAAUUUUAGCAAAAAAAAACACACAUUUUCAACACAGCUAUGGAUCAAUUUGAUGUCAUUGCCAAUCAACCGAUAGUUAUAGAUAAUGGCUCUGGAGUCAUCAAGGCAGGGUUUGCCGGAGAUCAAGUCCCGAAAUACCAUUUUGCGAAUUUUGUUGGGCGGCCUAAGCACGUCAGGGUUAUGGCAGGUGCUCUAGAAGGAGAUGUAUUCAUUGGACCUAAAGCUGAGGAACACAGAGGUCUUCUGAACAUCAGAUACCCGAUGGAGCAUGGUGUGAUACGAGACUGGAAUGACAUGGAAAGGAUAUGGCAAUAUAUUUAUUCUAAAGACCAGCUACAGACUUUUUCAGAAGAGCAUCCCGUUCUAUUGACAGAGGCACCCUUAAACCCAAGACGCAACAGAGAAAAGGCAGCCGAGGUGUUUUUUGAGACAUUCAAUGUUCCUGCCCUCUUCAUAUCAAUGCAAGCUGUUCUGAGUCUGUAUGCCACAGGACGUACUACCGGAGUAGUACUAGACGCUGGUGACGGCGUAUCACACUCUGUGCCAAUCUAUGAGGGCUUUGCUAUGCCACAUUCUAUCAUGAGAACAGAUAUUGCAGGAAGGGAUGUUUCAAGAUACCUACGCCUUCUUUUGAGGAAAGAGGGCCAUUGUUUCCAUUCCUCUUCCGAACUUGAAAUUGUUAGGACCAUUAAAGAGAGAGCUUGCUAUCUAGCUUUAAAUCCACAAAAAGAGGAGUCAAUGGAAUCUGAAAGACAACAGUAUGCUCUUCCAGAUGGAAGUAUUAUUGAGAUUGGUCAAGCCCGCUUUAGGGCACCAGAGCUGCUCUUCAGGCCAGACUUGAUUGGAGAUGAGAGUGAAGGCAUACACGAGGUUCUUGCAUUUGCAAUACAGAAGUCAGAUUUAGACCUGAGACGAGUGUUGUAUUCUAACAUUGUGCUCUCUGGUGGCUCAACACUAUUCAAAGGAUUUGGGGACCGUCUUCUGAGUGAGGUGAAGAAACUGGCACCCAAGGAUAUAAAAAUAAGAAUCUCAGCACCUCAAGAAAGAUUAUACUCUACUUGGAUAGGUGGUUCCAUUCUUGCUUCCUUGGACACAUUCAAGAAGAUGUGGGUGUCGAAAAAGGAAUAUGACGAAGAGGGCGCACGAGCAGUGCAUAGAAAGACUUUCUAGAGAUCAUAUAUGGUAAACUAGUGUCUCCAUACAAAAGAGACGUGCUUAGGCAACUACUUUACAUAUAAGAGUAUCUGUUUGUCCAAGAACUGCCAUUCUGAAGCUUAUAAUAUUCUGGGAACUUGUCUUAACAAGGUGUUAUACCUUAUGGGACCUAUCAAUGGAAAAUGAGUGGGAUUGAGAACUUCAUUUACAGAAGCCAAUAUCAUGAUUUCCCUGAUAGUUUUAUUAUCCCAGAGUUGAUAGUAUAGUUAGAUGGCUGUGAAAUUUCCAGGUCUAAGGGUUAGGAAAAAAAUCCUGUAUCACAAGGGUACUUAAAGUGAGUCACAGCAAUUUCAUAACAGGACGAGGCAUGUGGCAUGCCCAUUUUGAGAUGCCCCGAUCCUUGCCCUGGGGCUAUUGGCCAAUACUUAGAUGAUACAAGAGAACGCUCUCAAGACAAACCUUUGUGCUUAAUAGUCAAGGUAGAUAUAUAAUAAUUCGAACGGAGUGAAACAUAUCGUUAGCUUCUUUUAUUAUGUUAUGGUCUAAACCAGGGUGGGGCCUCAAAAUGAAGUAAAAAACAGUGAACAGCCGGUGGUAUUGUACUAAGGUUACACUUAUGUAUGGUACUUAGGGACGGCCCCCAGAUUCCCUGAUGGGAGCAUAAAAAACAACAUAAGGUAAAUUUGUGGAUUUUAGCUCCAACACAUUUUGUCUAAAAUUCUCUUGCGGGUGUGUUUUACCCAGCCAUAUCCCUCCUUACCACUAAAGCACUUCCCUGUUCACUAAUGAGAUAAAGGGGCUGUAGGCCCUGACCUGGUCACACCUGGUGUUCAUUUUAAUACUUCCCACAUUUCGGGUAUCACUUUUUGACCGUAUUUACCCAAGUUGAGAAGUGCUCUCUAAUGGUUUCCCAUCUUAGGCUUGCAAAAAGGGAUGGUCUUAGGAGUGUAAAUUAUUGAUAUUUAAUACAAGCGUAAACAAUAUGAUAAUAAAGCGGUACGAAGUGGA